AUGUUGUAAUACUAAAAUGCAUUCUAAAAGCUGUAAGAUUUUGUUUAAUCUCACAUAAAUGGUGACACUAAUCUUAAUCUGUAAUUAAGCGGCUUCGACAUUUCUGAAUAAUAUAUUGAUUUAAUUAAUUUAUGCUUAAAUUAAUUCAAAGAUGCUUAGAAUAUAAGAUUAUAUUUUGAUAACAUUAAAAUGAAUGAUCACAAGGCCACUUUACUAUUCAAGAAUUUAUAAGAAUUUAGGAAUAUAGAAAUUUUAAAACUUAACUUUAGCUAAAAUGAUAUCAAAUAAAAAGUCUCAAAUAUGAUAUAAUCAUUUUUAUAAAAGUCUUAUCAGAUAGAUAUAGCAAAAAUUUUUAGAGAGCUUAAUAAGAUUCAAAAGCUCCAUCUUCAAGUUGGCAACAAUGAUCUGGGAGAGUAAGGGGCAAAGGCUUUAGGCAAUACGCUGGGCUAAUGUUAAAAUAUAGUUCACUUAAGUGUUACUUUAGAGGAAAAUUAAGUUCAAGACGAUGGAGCUUCAGCCUUUUUUGAAGAAUUAAGUAAUUGCUAAAAUCUUACUUUUCUAGAAUUAGGGUUAUACCACAACUAUAUUGGGGAUGAAGGAGUAUUUACUCUAAAUAAAUUAUUAACAAAAUGCACUCUUUUAGUAGAGUUAAGACUUAUUUUAUCUAAUAAUUUAAUUGGUGAUUUAGGGGCUUCUGCAAUAGGUGAAGGGUUAAAAAGCUGUCAAAACCUAAACAUAUUGAAAUUAUAUCUUUAAUAAAAUAAAAUCAGUGAUGAAGGAUCAAUCGGUAUUGGGAAAGGGUUAGGCAAUUUAUAAAAUCUCACAUAUCUAUUAUUGUAUUUAAACUAAAAUUAAAUUGGAGAUAAAGGAGCUGUAGCAAUAGGUUAAGGUUUAAGUUCCUGCUAAAAUAUAUUAGAUUUAGAGCUUGAAAUAUUAUAAAAUGUUAUAGAAGAUGUUGGAGCAUCUGGUAUCGGAGCAGGUUUGAGUAAAUGUUCUAAGUUAUAAAAUUUGGUUUUACUUCUUAGUGAAAACAGAAUUAGCUAAUAAGGGGUUGUUGCUAUUGGUUAGGGAUUAAAAUAAUGCAAGGAUUUAGUAAAGCUUAACUUAUUGAUGUACUUCCAACAAUAGUAAGAAGGUAUAUCAAAUAUAGGAACUGGAUUUAGUUGUUGUACAAAACUUACAGAUUUAAACUUCAAUUUUUCAGGAAACAAGUUUAAAUAAUAAGGAUUAGCAGAGAUAAAUCUAUGGUUAGUGAACUGCUAAAAUCUUACAAAAUUAAAUUUUUACUUAUACUUAAAUAAUCUUGCAAACGAAGGAGCAAUUUUAAUUGCAAAUGGGUUGAGCAAAUGCCCUUAAAUUACAAAUUUAUGCUUAUAUUUAUGGGGUAACUCUAUUGGUGAUUCAGGUGCUUAAGCUUUAAGCGAUGCAAUAGCGGUGAAGAAAAUUUAAGAAUGGGAAAUACUUUAAGUUAAUUACCUAAAUUAUUAACUUUGA